CGGACCACCGAAGCCUAGUGAAGAAAACUGAAAGUCCGGUUUAUUGGAUUUCAGUUCUAUGUCAUAACAGACAGAUAAUCCUCCACUUAUUCAUCAAGAUGGAAAACUCAGAUUCUAGCGAUAGUGACCAAUCUCCAGCACAGCACAGAAUGCAAAUUAAUCGAUUGGAUCAGGAAGAAGCUUUCUAUCGAUUUGUAAAUAAUCUGAGCGAAGAAGACUAUCGACUUAUGAGAGACAACAAUUUGCUAGGCACCCCAGGUCAAAGUACUGAGGAGGAGCUGUUCAGAAGACUAGAGCAAAUCAAAGAGGGGCUGCCGCCGCUGCAGAGCUCAGAUGAAAAUAGACGUAGAGACUCUUCAGAUGACGUGUCCAAUGGUGACUCCAUAAUAGAUUGUCCUAACUCUGUCAGACAGACUGGCAAUACAACAAGAAGUUGCCAGAGAAGAAAUCAGUCCUGGAGGGCAGUGGGCCACAGUAAUUCAAACAGUGGUGAUUUCAGAUUCAGUUUAGAGACAAAUGUGAACCAUAAUAAUGGAAGACAAACUCCAGAGAAUGAAAAUGAACCGUCUGCUACACGUCUUAGUGUAGAAAACAUGGACAACAGCAGCCAAAGGCAAAUGGAAAAUUCAGCAUCUGAGACAUCAUCUGCCAGACCACCUAGGUCAGAACGCAGUUCUGCUGAAGCAUUAACAGAAGUGCCACCCACCAGAGGUUGGAGCAGGGCAAGAAGCCGGAAACCAGAACACGGGAGAAGAUCCAGAGCUAGAGCUGAAAGAAGUAGGUCUCCUCUGCACCAAGCAAAUGAAAUUCCACGAAGAUCUCAUCGUAGUGCCUCAUCUCAGACUUUUGUGUACCCUUUGGUAAAUGAGAUCGAGGGAAGUUCUAGAACCCCUUGCCAUGGGACUUUGAGACAGCAGAUAACUGGACCUGAGUUGCUAGGUAGAGGUCUUUUGGCGGCUUCUGGGUCAAAAAAUUCUGCCGCUCAAGGGACAAGUUCUUCAGACACGGGUACCAAUGGUGAAGCGACAGGAUCUAGUCUAAGACCUCCAGCCAUAGACAGAAACAACCAAGUCCGAAGAGUUCUGCUGGGAGAAUACCGGCAGAGAGAUAGCAUAGCUAGCAGAAAUCGGUCAAGGUUUCAGACCCCAAACAACAUGGCUUUUUAUGAAAGUAGACGUGAAGAUUUUAUACGCACCUUUACACUUUCUGAACGUGCAAGUGGGAGAACCUAUGUGAGUAAUAACAGGUUUUCCAUUCUUACAAUCUUCAAUACUGGAUCAAGCGCAACUGCAUCUGUUCCUUUUCAAACCCCAUCAAGGCAGAGAACGACAGGUUUUGGUGAGCUUCCACGGAGUGGAAGAGGGCGCUCUGGUGGGAACAGCUCUGCUUCUGGCUCCAGCUCCAACCCCCGCUCCAGUUCCAAUGGUGAAAGUUCACAAAGUCGCUCAGAGAUGUUUGAAGAUGGUAAUGAAGAUAUUCUACUUUACCCCUUUAAUGACAACCACCAAACUAGAGGACUCACCAAAGAACAGACUGCUAACUUAGCAAUGAGAAGUUUUGGUGAAAAUGACGCACUGAAGACAUGUAGUAUUUGCAUUACGGAAUAUAUGGAAGGCAACAAACUUCGUAAGUUACCUUGCUCCCAUGAGUACCACGCCCACUGCAUCAACCGCUGGUUAUCAGAGAAUACCACCUGUCCCAUUUGUCCCAGGGACGUCUUAUCUUCUGGGAACAGAGAAAGGGUUGUGUAA